UUCUUUUAUUGGACGUAUUAUUUCAUUAUUCCAGGAACAUACAAGUAGCUUUCUUACUUAAACAUUUCUGUAUUUCUAUCAAAUUUUACCGUCUUACUGUUUACAUGAAUCACUUAACACGUUAACUCGACAAGGAUUGUUUUGGAAGGUGGUUUUUUACUUGUAUGGAAAUCUCUGAUACCGUUUAUUACUUUCUUUUGAGUUUAAUAGUGGUACCAGUAUACUUAUUUUUUAAAUUGUGGAGUUGGUUAGGUUGGGAGUUAUUUAAGAAUAAUUAAAAUGAGCCAGUUCAACAACGAAGA